AUAAGCACCAUGCCUCUCAAAGCACUAAACUUUAAUAUUAUACGAGAAUGUUCGACAUCAAAAGCAAGAGCAGGUCUUCUUACAUUGCCUCAUGGGAAUGUUGAGACGCCCGUAUUUAUGCCGGUUGGUAAAUAUCAUUCACUUAAAAUAUUUUUGAUAACUUUGCAGCUACACAAGCAACAUUAAAAGGUAUAACAUCUAAACAAUUAGAACGUCUUGGCUGUCGUCUUAUACUCAACAAUACAUACCAUCUUGGUCUUCGUCCAGGACAAUUUAUUCUUGAUGCAAUUGGCGGAGCUCACAUAUUUCAGCAAUGGCCUCAUAAUUUAUUGACAGAUAGUGGAGGCUUUCAAAUGAUUUCACUUCUAAAGUUAUCUCGCGUUACUGAAGAAGGCGUUGAAUUCCAUAGUCCUUAUGAUGGAUCUCUUAUGCUUCUUACGCCAGAGCAUUCCAUCUCAUUACAAAAUAGUAUCGGUUCCGAUAUUAUGAUGCAAUUAGAUGACGUUGUCCAUUCCCUUGCCCCUUUGGAAAGAAUUGAAGAAGCAAUGUGGAGAAGUAUACGCUGGCUUGAUCGCUGCAUCGCAGCAAACAAGAAUCCGGAAAAACAGAGUCUUUAUGCAAUUAUUCAAGGAGGACUUAAUGAAAAAUUAAGAACAAUAUGUUGUCUAGAGAUGAUAAAAAGAGAAACACCUGGAAUAGCUAUAGGUGGACUAAGUGGAGGAGAAGAAAAAUCCAAAACAUUUAAAAUAGUUUCUGUUUGUACAGAUUUGUUACCUUCGAAUAAACCAAGAUAUCUCAUGGGUGUUGGGUAUACAGAAGAUAUCGUCGUUAGUGUUGCGUUAGGAAUUGACCAAUUUGAUUGUGUAUAUCCUACACGAACAGCACGUUUUGGUAAUGCCCUUACACCAUAUGGUGUUUUGAAUCUUCGUAAUCAACGUUUUUCGAAGGAUUAUAAUCCUAUCGACAAAGAUUGCAAAUGCCCUUGCUGUAAACCAGGGGAAUGGGGAAUAACAAGAACGUAUAUUCAUCAUAUAGUAUGUAAAGAGACAGUUGCUGCACAUUUAUUAACAAUUCACAAUAUUCAUUAUCAAUUAAACCUAAUGAAAGAAAUAAGAAAUGCAAUUAUUCAUGACAAAUUUCCUGUCUUUGUCAAAAAAACAUUUGAUCAGUUAUAUUCCGAAAAAAAUUAUCCCAAAUGGGCUGUCGAGUCUUUAAAUACUGUGAAUAUAAAUCUUCUAGAAUAA